AUGUCAAUCACAUCGUUCGACAACAAGCCCGGAAGAGGCGGGUUCUUGACCUUCAAUUCCUCUCCUCUACGCCUCUUUCUCACAAGCACUCUCCCUGCUCCAGAGAAGGCUCUCCUAGCCUGGCGCGAAGAAGGAUACGAUGCGCAAUUCCUGCCCUACGAGCCCCUCAAGCAGCGCCAGAAUGAGUAUAUCCAUGCUAUCCGGACGCUCUCCGAGUCCUGUAGGUUGGGCGAACACUACGCCAUCAUCGCGUAUGGCGACGCCGCCAGCAUUGUGCUCAAGACAGCGCAGAAGCCACUAGCAAAAUGCUGUGCCAUUAUAGCCUUCUACCCGGCGCAAUUGCCGAGCCCAAAGACCAUGUAUCCACAGUCACACCAAUUGCAGGUUCACGUUGCGGCUUUGAGCCAAUCUAGCCCUCGACCAGACAUGUGCGAGUGGAAGCUUUACCGGUACGAAAAAAGUGCUGCGGGAUUCAUGGACCCUUCGUCGCAAGCGUACUCGGAAGUAGACGCCAAUCUAGCUUGGACACGAUCGCUGGCGGGUAUCCGCAAAGGAUUCGGCACGAAUGUCGAUCUCGAGCCUAUUGCCAAUGCGCAUUGGAUGGCGCGGUUUGAAGACGAUGACCCUGAUCGAGCGAGCAUGGCUGUGAUCAAGAACAUGACGCAGGAUAGUCCUCAUGUCACCAUUCUGCCGACAAUGGAGGGUGGAAUCGGAAGAAGAAAGCUUGCGGAGUUUUAUGGAGAGUUUUUCGUUCCAAGUUUGGUUCCGGACUUUGACAUACGACUGAUUUCGCGGACCAUGGGCGUCAAUCGCAUUGUGGACGAGAUGGUUGUAUCGUUUACGCACUCAGAUGAGAUCGAUUGGAUUUUGCCUGGUGUACCGCCGACAAACAAGCAUGUGGAGAUUGCCAUGGUCAGCAUAGUGGCUGUCAGAGGAGACAAGCUUGUUUCCGAGCACAUGUAUUGGGACCAAGCUUCGGUUCUUGUGCAGAUUGGACUGUUGGAUCCCAAAGCGGUACCAAAGAAACCGAAGAACGACGGGCUCAAGACACUACCCGUUACCGGAGCAGAGGCGGCGAGACAAUUGGUAGAGCCACAGCAGAGGCGAUACAACAAACUGUUGCAGAUGCAUGGUCUGAUGGAUGGGUUGAACGGAAAUUGAUGCUCUUUUUGUAUUGUUUACAGCGCGGUGUUUUGGAGUACAGCGUAGUGAGAGCACAUCGAAUAUGGGUCGCCUCGCCAGGUUCUGUCGACCACCAAAAUGUCAAUGGGAAAUG